AUGUCCCACCAAGAGGGCAACACAGAUGGUUUACCAGACUUAGGGACUGAAAGCCUGUUCAGUAUAGAGGGGCAGUCCGGAGCGCCGGCAGCGACGGAGGCGUCCUCGGACAUAGAAAUGACAGCCCCAGAGCCAUCUACCCAAGGUGGCGGUGAUACCAGGGAUGGUGGUUUCCUGAACAAUACCAGCACAGAAAAUCGAAGCACUGACAGAGAAGGUUCAGGUGAAGAUGUGGAAAUUGAGAGCGUGGCAGAAUUUGACCGUUACCUCAUGCUUGGUGGAAACAUAUUUUACUACCCUUUACUGGGAGAGCAGGAGAGAGAAGGGGAGGAGGAAAGAGAGGAGACAGAAGAGGAGGAGGAAAGAGAGGAGAGAGAAGGAGGGGAGGAAGGAGAGGAGAGGACGGAGGGAGGAGAGGAGGAAGAGGAAGAGCCUCAGGUGUGUCCACUGUGCGAUGGUGCCAACCAUGAGCAGUGUUUGCUAGACGAGGAUAGGGUGCUGGAGGAGUGGAUUUCCACAGAGACAUCUGCCCUGCCUCGACCUCGCUGGCAGGUCGUUACUGCUCUUCGCCAGCGGCAGCUGGGUUCAAGUACCCGCUUUGUCUAUGAGGCCUGUGGGGCAAGAGCCUUUGUGCAGCGUUUCCGCCUGCAAUAUCGUCUUGAAGGCCAUUUCGGUUCUAUCGGUACUGUAUGCUUUAACGAGUAUGGUACCCGGCUGGCCACUAGCGGUGGUAACCUAAAGGUGACAGUUUGGGACUGGGUGCGGCAGCAGCCAGUACUGAACUUUGAGAGUGGUCACGAAAUUAACGUCACCCACGUUAAGUUCCUUCCUAACUGUGGUGAUUCCACACUGGUCACGUGUGGCCACGAUGGGCAGGUACGGGUAGCAGAACUAAUUAAUGCAUCAUAUUGCGAGAAUACUAAGCAUGUGGUACAGCACAGGAGAGCUGCCCACGAGUUGGCUGUGGAACCAGACUCUCCUUAUAAGUUCCUCACUUCAGGUGAAGAUGCCGUUGUCUUCACCGUUGAUCUCAGACAAAGCCGGCCGGCUUCAAAAGUUGUGGUAACAAGAGAAAUGGGGAAGAGAGUGGGACUGUAUACAAUCUCUAUAAGUCCUGCCAAUACCUACCAAUUUGCAGUGGCUGGACAAGAUCAGUUUGUCAGGAUUUAUGACCAGAGGAGAAUUGAUGAGAAAGAAAACAAUGGAGUACUUAAGAAAUUCUCUCCUCAUCAUCUGGUGGAUUGUGAUGUCUCAACAAACAUCACCAGCAUUGUGUACAGCCAUGAUGGCACAGAGCUCCUGGCCAGCUACAGUGAUGAAGAUAUUUACAUCUUCUACUCCUCUGACAGUGAUGGUGCUGAAUAUGUUAAGAGAUUUAAGGGACACAGAAAUAAUGACACAAUCAAAGAUGUUAAGUUCUAUGGCCCCAGGAGUGAGUUUGUCGUGAGCGGUAGUGAUUGUGGGCACAUCUUCUUCUGGGAGAAAUCAUCUUGCCAGAUCAUCCAGUACAUGGAGGGGGACAGAGGAGGUGUAGUAAACUGUCUUGAACCUCACCCUUACCUACCUAUGUUGGUGACCAGUGGCCUAGAUCGUGAUGUCAAGAUAUGGACACCCAUAGCUGAAGCUGCCACUGAGCUUACUGGGUUAAAAGAUGUGAUUAAGAGGAACAAGAAGGAACGAGAUUUAGAUAGCUUGGUCCAUACUGGCAUGUUUGACAGCUAUAUGCUUUGGCUCCUCAUGCGACAGAUGUCACAGAGGUCAUGA